UACGUCAUAUUCCUAAACGAACAGAGAAGCCAGCUGAGGGCCAGGCACCCGGAUCUGCCUUUUACAGAAAUCACAAAGAUGUUGGCUGCUCAGUGGGCUCAGCUGUCCCAGAAGAAAAAGCAAAGGUAUAUUUAUGAGGCAGAUGAAGACAAGCAACGUUACAUCCGCGAGCUGCAGGCCUACCAGAGCUCCGAGGCUUACCGAGCCUUCCUGCAGAGGCAGGCAGCACAGAAGACGCGAGCGCAGUGCGGAACAGGUACACCAGGAAGUGAAUCAGAAAGCAAGUGCCUUGACUUCUUAGCAAUUGAUGGGGAUGAGAACAAGGACCUGUACUGUCGGACCUGCAGGCAGUUCUUCAGUUCGCUGCAUAACAAGAAGGAGCACCUGUUGGGGAAGCAGCACCUGCAGACCCUCACAGGGGAAUUUGAAAAAGAUUCAGCCCAGUGCUUGAAGCAUCCGAGACCUCUGGAGGAAGAGGCAGGUCAGAAUUUGAACAAAGGGGACUCAGGGGAGGAAACCGAGUGUCCUGGUCUCCCACCACUCGGAGCUCUGAUUCCCAAGAAGAACUUUGCUUCCCUUGACUUGUGUUUCUUGCAAGACUUUAUCUUCAAACUUCUGAAAAUCAAGGAAUUUGAGCUCAGAGAGCUGAGGAAGACUCUAGAAAGAGCUCAAGCAAAGCAGAUGGCCCUGCAGAGGCAGCUGGCUGAGUUUCAGAACCAGCAGCAGAGGCUGGAGGUGGAGCUGGCCGGCCUGAAGACCUCCGGGCUCGUCCUGGCCAAGGAGCUGGAGAACCUGAACAUGGUGGGGAUGCUGUCCCACUUCGGCCUGCGGGUCCUGGACACAGGAUCCAUUUGCUGCAGUUAUGACGUAGGCAGCUCUGGGGAGCAGAUGGAGGAUGCUGUGGGGUCGGUGACUGUGCAGGCGUGUUCCCGUGAGCGUCCUUCCCAGGGAAGCCAUGACAGAUGGAAGGUGUUGGGCGUGGUGCCUGGCCAGAAUAAGGUGAAAGAGGCGGGUUUUCAGAAAGCAUUUAGUGAUCAUUGGCUCCAACAUUAUAAAUGCCUCAGGCGUCAAGAAGGUCCACAAAGCUGUUUCGAUGUUCAGCUCUUCUCUGUUCCCGCCACUCUCUGCCCUGUGCAGUUCCCCCUCCAGCCCGCUAUUGGGAACACAUUGAGCACAUCCUGUGCGCCCAGCCCUGGGCUCUGAGCUAGAAAUCCUGGAAUUUGAGGAGAUGUUUUAUGACCUCACAGCGCUGAGUCUCAGAGGGGUGGCACACGGGAAAGAAAUCAGGCUACUGGAGCGAUACAGCAACCCUGGGUGAGCCUCGAGUUGUCUG